AUGUCUCAGAUUGAGCCAUUCACUGUGGCCACGAUACCGAAAGAGAUCUCCACCUUCGAAGCUGCCAAAGCACCAGGCUGUGCGCUCCGCAGAGAGAGCUGGAGAUGGAUAAUGAUGAUCGCCGAGCGCUUUCCCAGCGUUAUUGUCACAAUCGUGCAAACGUACAUCGAAGAAGCCAAAGCGAUACGAGAGUUCCUGAAGCAAGAACAUGUGAAACAGGUAGAGGCAUGGAUGGGCACGCUCUUCGAAGAGACAUCGGCAGGCAAUUCAUCCCUGAGCUGGAUGGCGACAGGCUGGGCAGCAACUUCAAGGGUACAAGAUGCUGCAUCGGCGAUGUUACACCACUGUGCCAUUUUGAAAUUGUUAGAAAAGAUGCUUGCAGGAUGGCAUGAAGGCAACGAAGAGGCGAGAGAUGCUGUAAGAGCGCUAUGA